UCCUCGCCGUCACCCAGAUUCCCCGGCCGAAGCCCUCGCAAUUUCGCCGCUAUCGGGCCAAGCCGGAGCGACGCAUUUCUAUUGAUGAGCUGGUGAAUGAGUGGAAGAAUGAUACCAGCCUCGCGACAAGCUGCAGUGCCAGCCCAACCCUGGCCUUCCUCCUCGAUGACGGCGAGGAGGAGAAGGAGCCUCUUCCCACCCCACGGAGUGGAGUCAGCUUCCCCCACUGCGAGCGUUCGACAUCCUCGGAUUCCGUCCCAUCCCUCGAUGCCGACGACCGCUCCGUCUUCUCCAACAACACCACCCCCUCCACCCCCGGCUCGCUGCGCAGUCGAAAAUCCAUGUCCACUCUCCGAAGAGUGCGCUCACGCUCCGUCGCCCCGACCGCAGAGUGCACCCUCGACCACCCGCUCGCCCCAACCCCCCACGAUGAUGUUGCUGGCAACGAAUUCGCCCUCCCCGCACCCUACAAAGUCAAGAAACUUCCACCCAAGCCGAAAGCCUCCUUCACAUCCAACCUGACCACCUCCCUCCAAGCCCUGAAAGCCGCCGCACUCAACUCCAUUUCCUCCCUCAGCAAGCCCGCAACACAACAACGCCGCCCGCCCUCCCCCUUCUCCGACGACGUCCUCUGGUCCCACCCCUUCCUCUUCCCCCGUCUAAGCCCCGAAAUCCGCCCCGCAACCCCCGAUGUCGCACCCCACAACCCCCAAACCAGCCCCCUCACGUUCGAAGAGCAAGAAGCCCCCUUCCAACUCGCCCUGCACGCCCCCUACCUCGCCCAACAGCGCAGCGCCAACGGCGCGCCCACAAUCCAAAUGACGACCUACAACAAACGCAAAGCCAUCCCGGCCAAACACCGCGGCGGCGUUGAUCCCGAAUCGGAACUCGGGAGGGCGGUGCUGGGCGCGGCGGGCGUGCGGCAGCGGGAGUUGCGCGAGAAUAGCGACUUUUUGCGCGUCGUCGUGCUGGAGAUGAAUAUGAAGCGCGAGGGCAAGUUGGAGAUGGGCAAGGCGAGGAUUUGGCUGCCGCCGAGGCGGGAUGGGAUUGCGGUGGGAGAGGCGGAGAGACGAGGAAAGAGCGUGCCAAGUCGGUGGGUGGGAGUCAGUGCUUAUUGAGUGUGAGAGGGAUGAAGAAGGCUCUGACUUUCGAGUCCUCAACUGUUUGGGCGAUGAUUGGUGCAUGCCUUGGAUAAGGCAAGAUGCUGGCCUACGAAAUGAUGAAUGACUGUGUGGCCUACUAUAUGAUGGAAAUAGCCAUCGCCUUAACAUUUUGCAUAAACGUAAAGACACUAUAUCUAAACAUAUAAUCAAUAUCCCCC